AUGGCGGAGAUGGCUACAAUUGAUGUACUGGGAACAAUGCACAGACAGGCAUUUGUGCAAUCUUUGUUGAGAGUAAUUGAAACAGACGUUGCGGAAACAACUUUCGCAGAGAUAAUUGAUGGGAUUCCUACGAUUGACUCAUAUCGAGACUUCCACUGGCCUCAAGAUGGCCAUCCUGCCACUCAACAUCUUGACCUUUGCCCGGGCAUGAUUGAAAAAGCUUGCCAGUUACGUUCCGACUUUCCUCCCACGAGAUUGAGCUUCCAACUACCGUUACUACGUACUUUUGAAGAGACCACAAUAGAAUCACGGCCAUUCCACUUACGACUGUUUGAGCUGUUGGCUGUAUCCAUUCACCAGAUCGCCGUAUACUUAUAUCAACAAGAUGACUCACCACGCGAUGCCAGUAAAUGGGAUGGGUAUCGACACCCGACAGCCUUCUGCCACAGCCUUUAUAUCGAGGUUGAGCGAUACCUGAACGGGGACGCUGAUACCGUUGGAUACUGGGCUGAAGCAAAGGUAUUUGGCGGGGUCUUGGUAUUUGACCGGGGAGCAUCAGAAACAGAGGGAGACGGGCAGGCGUCACAGAGUCCUCUUCCGUUUACUGCAACGUCUGAGAAUCGUUGGCGAUGGGAUAUCUGGGACGCCAUGGCCCAUUUUCACGUAUUUCGCGACAGAUGCGAGCGAUCCGUCAAACCAACUCAACCAACCGGUUGUGCCAAGUCUGCUGUAGACUGGCCAGAGAUAGCUGACGAGUUGUAUCUGAUUGGUGCAAUGCACGAUUAUUGGGAUGGUCAGCCAGUAGACAAGAAUGAGGUUCGGGCAGCUCUGGAGCGGUUACAACAGAUCACUCCGUCUUCGCCUGUUUGGCCAAACAGGAACGCACAUUCAUGGACAACUAAUCUUCUUGAACAGACUUUAUAA